GGAAAAGGUCUCACCAACGUAAUUAAAAAAAACACAAAUCGGCUUAAACAAAUAAAAAAGUACGUAAUCGUGCUAACGUUGUUCCAAAAGAAGUCUUACAAGUGUUUCUGUCACUUUGACAAUAUGAAAACAACAAAAUGCAUGAAGCAUAUCAAGUUCAUUCUCUCCUAAAAUUGACUUCGCAAAUUGAAGCAAUCACAGCUUACGAUGAAAAUCUCUUGGUUGGCACCCGACAGGGUCAUUUAUUUAUGUAUAGUUUGGUGCAAAACGACGAAAAAUGCGAAGUCCAAUUAAUGAGAUACAAUAAAUCGUUUAGUAAAAAGGCAGUUCAACAACUGGAGGUAAUCCCCGAUUAUCAUUUACUGAUAAGUCUCACUGAUAAUUUAAUACAAUUACACGACAUUAAUGCAAUUAAUUUUACGACCGUUCAUCAGGUGUUGAAAUCUAAAGGGGCCACAAUUUUUGCGGUCAAUAUUCAGAAACAGACGUCUUUAACAGGGGUUACUAGUACUUUGGUUAGGUUGGCUGUGGCUGUGAAAAGAAAGCUUCAGUUGUAUUAUCUUAAAAAUAAUGAAUUUUUUCAACUUAUGGAAGAUAUUACGUUGGCUGAGGUGCCAAAAUCGAUGGUUUGGUGUGAGGAGACUAUCUGUGUGGGCUACAGGGGGGAAUACGCCCUGAUUGAGUUGGAUGGCCAACAAACUGACCUUUUCCCGACUAGCAGUAGCCGAUCUAGUGAGCCUUGUAUUGUCAAGGCCUCCGAAAAAACUUUUGCAUUGUGUCGCGAAUCGCAAACUGUUCUCGUAAAUACCAAAGGUCAGACGGAAAAAACCAAGGCCUUGCGAUGGUCAGAUGUUCCACUGACCUUGGCAUGGGAUGAACCUUUUGCCCUUGGCGUUCUCUCCGAAUGUAUUGAAGUUCAAACUUUGGAACCAUGCGGUUUGGUUCAAACCUUACAAGACCUUUCCAAGGUCAGAUUUAUUAUCACCUGUCAACAAGGUCUACUCUAUGCGGCUUCUGUCAGUCAAGUUUGGUGUAUUCGAGCUGUAGAUGUCGCAAAACAGAGAAAAGUUUUGUUGGAAUCAAAGCAAUUCCAGUUGGCUUUGAAAUUGACGGAAAUUUCAAAUGAGAAUGAAGAAGACAAAAAAGAGAAAAUUCAUCAGAUUCAGACUUUGUUGGCUUAUGAUUUAUUUGUGAAUAAGCAAUUUCGUGAAAGUAUGAAGGAGUUUUUGAAACUUGAAACUGAUCCAUAUGAUGUUAUUCGACUGUUCCCUGAUUUACUUCCACAACAAACCGUUUCAACAGAUUAUCCUGAACCACCAAAAGAUUUGACUGAAAAAGAAUUAGAAACGGGAUUGUUGGCACUUAUUGAUUAUUUAACUGAGAUGAGACAUCGGCUUCAAUCUGAAACACAGGCCAACGUAAAUGCCCGAGGCAAUUUAAACGAAAAACCAAAUUUCAGCAAAUCCACACAACAACUUUUACAAAUUAUUGACACAACGUUACUCAAAUGUUAUUUACAAACCAACGACGCAUUAGUUGCCCCUUUACUCCGUCUCAAUCAUUGUCAUUUGGGCGAAACGGAAAAAAUCCUCAAAAAAAUGGGCAAACACAACGAACUUAUCAUUUUAUAUCAAACUAAAGGUCAACACAGACGAGCUUUAGAACUAUUGCAAGAAGAAGCAGGCGUUGAACGCACCAUCGCGUACUUGCAGCAUUUGGGCACUGAUAAUAUGGGGCUCAUUAUUGAAUUUUCCGAUUGGGUGUUGAAGCUCUCACCUGAGGAGGGUUUAAAGAUUUUUACGGAAGACUUGGCCGAAGUUGAGGCACUGCCUCGACCUCGCGUCCUCGACUUCCUCCUCCGUUCACACACGUGUGUAGUUAUUCCGUAUCUUGAGCACGUGGUGCAUGUUUGGGAGGACACGAAUCCACUUUUUCACAACGCUUUAGUGCAUCAGUAUCGCGAAAAGGCGAUAAGUGAGGGCGCUGCAGCCGAACACACUCGUAAAAAAUUGCUCGAGUUUUUGAAAAAAAGUUCACACUAUACUGCCGACACUGUCCUUGGACAUUUCCCGACUGAUAGUUUGUUAGAAGAGAGGGCGAUAAUUUUGGGACGUUUGGGAAAACACGAACAGUCUUUGGCGAUUUAUGUUCGAGCUUUGGGCGAUGUUGCCAAAGCUGUGGAGUAUGCGCAAAAAAUAUACGAAUCUGCAACACCAGGAUGUCAAAGUGUGUAUGCCAGUUUGAUCAAACUCGUCUUGAGCCCUGACAGCUGCCCUUUAGCCUUACCUGGCUUGACUCUAUCACCUAAAACGGCACAACCCGACCUAGAGUUGGCUUUGGAACUUUUAAAAGAGCACGCUUUCAAAAUGGAUCCUCUUGAGGUGCUUUCUAUUUUACCGGAUAAUGUUCCAGUUACUCGAAUCCAUAAAUUCCUUCUUGUGGCUUUACAAAAAGCGGUUAAAGAACGACGUAGAGUUCAACUUUUGAAGGGUUUGUUGUAUGCAGAACAUUUGCAAUGUCAGGAGAUGAGAUUGCAUUUACAAAGUCAACAUGUUUUGGUUACGGAAUUGAAUGUUUGUCCCGUUUGUAAGAAAAGAUUUGGUAAUCAAAGUGCUUUGGUGCGAUAUCCGAAUGGAGAUGUGGUUCAUUAUUCGUGUCAAGAGAAAAAUUCGAGUGCCAAAUAUGUGUAAUUUAUUGUAUUGUAUAUAAAAUUGGAAAAAAUAUAAUAUAUAAUCAACCCA